AUGAUUGACGGGAGUGGCCCUCGUACCUGGUCCUCGCCCGCAGUCAGCGCCCCUUCUACUGCCGCUAGCGGUCCCUCAGCCCUUGCCGUAUGCAAGCAAUACCCAUCUUGGUCACCGCCAAGUCAGUCGAACUUCUCUCUUCCCGCACCUCUCCCUGCCUCAACGUACGCCAAGCUCUUGUCAGGCGCAGUCCGGAUAGACACGACAGUCCCUGACUCAUGGGGUCCGCUCAAUGCUCCUAACGUCAGCUCGACGGUUCGUGAGAAUUAUCGCAAAGCCUUUGCCCCCUUUGAAGCCUACCUUUCCCGCUCCUUUCCUCUUGUUCACUCCGUGCUCACCAAGGAGGUCGUUGACUCCCAUGGACUCAUCUUCACGUGGCGAGGGUCAGAUGAGAGCCUCAAACCGCUGGUGCUGAUGGCGCAUCAGGAUGUGGUACCGGUCGAGCCGAGUACGGUCGGACAGUGGGUGCACGACCCCUUCUCUGGAUCGGUGGAUGAAGAAAAUGGGGUCGUGUGGGGAAGGGGCAGCUCGGAUGACAAGGCUUCACUGAUCUCAAUCAUGUCAGCGCUCGAGUCUCUGGCUUCGUCCACCUUUAAACCCAGUCGCACCAUCGUAGCCUCCUUUGGCUUCGACGAGGAGUCCACGGGGUCCGCUGCGGCUGCCCUCGCAUCCUUCCUCGUGGAGAGGUACGUUCCCACGGUAGGUGGAGCAGAGUUGAUCGUAGACGAGGGCGGUGAAGUCCUUGGCGCCGACGUCUCCGAAGAGGAAGGAGGCAUGGGAACCGCAUACGCCGGCCCUGCGACGAGCGAGAAGGGCUACCUGGACGUGCGAGUCACCGUCAGAACGCCUGGAGGACAUUCGAGCGUCCCGCCAAGACGGACAGGCAUUGGACAUCUCGCGCGCCUCGUGGCAAGCAUUGAGGACAACGCUCCUCAGCCGAGGAUCAGCGAUGUGGACCAUCCGGCACUCGCCCCCUUGUUGUGCUUGAGAGAGGCGCCUGCCAUCAAGGAGGGGCGUCCACAGCUGUACAAGACGCUGCAGCACCUCGUCAAGCAACUCGAAGACGAGGAGAAGCCUCGAGCUCGCAUCGGCUGCCCGGGCGCGCGACGUCGCCGUGACCAACAGCGCCGCCGAGAGUUGCUCAACUCCAUCCUCCCUCAGCUUUCCGCCGAAGAGCAAGCCCUCUUCGGUACUACUCAAGCCGUGGACCUCAUUUCUGGCGGAGUCAAGAUCAAUGCUCUUCCCGAGAAGAGCGAGGCGGUCGUCAAUUAUCGGAUUGACGUGCGAUCCAGCGUCGGUGAGGUGAAAGAAUGGGUAGGGAAGGUGGUCCAGAAGAAGGCAAAGGAGCUCGGCUUGGACUUUAUUGGAUGGACGCACGAGGAGGUGGAAGCACUUGAGGCUGCAAAGUCAGCCAAGGGGACCGUUAGUCUCUCCGUAGCUUUCAAUUCGGCGCUGGAGCCCACGCCAUCCUCUCCGAUUGUCGACGGUACGGAGUCAUCCGCAGCAGCAUGGCGUCUUCUGAGCAGCGUCAUUCGCUCCACCUGGCGUGAUCACGGCGAGAUUCCCGUCAUCCCAACCCUCAUGGGUGGCAACACCGACACGAAGUCCUACCAUGCGCUCUCGCGCAACAUCUUCCGCUUCUCCGGUGGGACACUCAACCCACCACCGAAAGGGAUGAAAGGGGCAGAUGGGGGUAUUCACACCGUGAAUGAGUAUGCGUCCAUCGAUGCGCUAGUGAAGGGGACGGAGUUUUACAGCAAGUUGAUAUGGGCUGUGCAGGUCAUUGGAUGA